AUGCUGACCAAGACCAUUGUUGCCACUCUGCUGGCGAUUGCUGCUGUUGCUCUACCAACCAAGACUGCUCGUGACUCUGUCACAACCCCUGACUGGAUUCUAAGCCCACAACCGAUUGACGAGAAUCACCGACCUGGUGACGCUGUCAAGCGCGACCCUAACUCACUUGUCCACUUCUAUAUCCCCGGCGCUCCCGCUGGUGAUGCUGAGGAGACAGCUGGGCCUGAUGACGCACCUGUCAAGCGCGACCCUAAUUCACCUGUCAACUUCUGGAUCCCCGACGCUCCCACUUCUGGUGCUGAGGAGACAGCUGAUCUCGAUAAACGGUUUUACAUCUAUCACCGUCCUCCUACACCAGGUGCAGAGACAGUUGAGAAACGUCAUGACAUCGACGUAAUUCCAUUCUAG